CCCUGGUCAAGUGCGCAUCUUUCCUCCCAUCUCUUUCUUUUUUCCCAUCCCCCUUCCCAUACAUAGUCGUGUUGUUUCGAUCCUGCGUCCUUCCACUUCAACCUUCACCUUCACGCGGCGAGGAAGAGAACAGUGUUCUUGCGCCCGUUUAAUCGUAUUACGCGCUGUGACGAUGACACAAGGCUGAGAGCUAGCAGGAAUUUAAUUUGCUCUAGAAAAAAAUUUAAGACGAGUGUGAUAUUGGUUCCGCGUGCAUGUGACAUGUUCCUGGCGGAGAGAUCCUGACUGCAGGAGAGAUGGAUGCUCGAAGAGUCUUGCCAUUUUUACUGUUGAUAAUCUACAUAAUCAACGGGGCUUUUGCUAACCAGAAUGCUUGGAGUAGACAGUACAAUGUUCGUCGCGUUCGCAGAAUCAACGAAUAUCUUAUUCCACCGCCUCUAUCAAAAUCUUAUCCGGGCAGAAUUCCAAGAUUGGCGAAUUAUCAGCCAACCCCACAGCCAGGAUACUUCCAACAGCUGAUGAACUUUUUGAAUCCCUUCAGUUCUGAUUCUUCACCACAACCACAACCACAACCGCCACCACCGCCGCCGUCGCUACUGCCUCCGCAGCCUGAAGUCGCAAAAUUCGGUCAAUCCUACAAUGGUCCUCCACCUGUGGAUUAUGAGAAACCACCUCUUCCUCCGACCUCUCUCAAUCAUCUUCCCAACGUUUAUUCGGGAUAUCCUGCUCCGGUUCAAAUCAAGAAUUGCAGUUCUUGCAACAGAAUCCCUUGGGUGCCGAUACAGGACACGCAACAAGGACAUGACGGACAUGUAGGAAGCGCUUCGUAUGCAUCACCGCCACUUGAAUCGCCAGGUGACAGAUACCUGCCUACAAAUCACGAAAUACCUCAUGACGCUUAUCAUGCUGCCUCGCAAGAAGUCCGAGCUCCGGACUUCUCUUUCGCGCCACCAUUACCCAAUAUUGGACAGAACGGUCCUUUUAACCUGUUGCCAAACCCGCAUCUGUUUCCUGGAGCAAUGCCACCGCUCUUUAAAGCAGUCAAUUUUAAACAACCUGUACAAGUCAUUCCCCAUGAAAACUCAGGACAUCUUAACUCACCGACGUUAUCAAUUUCCAAUAGUGCAUCAACGAUAGCAGAACCUACUUUCAACGGUGGACAUAACGAACAAUAUGUGUAUCCAGGUCCUUUGACUCAUUCAAGUGGAGGAAUUGUUUCACAAGAAUUAGGAUAUACUAAUCCUAGUAUAAGCAACGGAGAAUUCGAAAAUGUUCAAAAUGUUCAAAAUCAAAAUAAUGUGGCACAUAAUGAUUUGUCUUCCAGCGGCACUCAAGUGUCUCACGGUCAUACUUCGGGAGUAUCUAAUAACGAAGAACUUUAUGAUGUAACGGGAUUGAGUGGAUCUGACGUGAGUCAAACUAAUCAAAAUUUUCCCAGCAGCUACGGAAUUUCCAGCCCUGAUCGGUUCCCAAGCAAUUACGAGCACCCGUAUAACGACCUGUCCUCUAGCGCUAACGUGGCUGAGGGCUCUAGCGCACCUUUACACAUAGACGAAUCUUCCGGAAACGUUGAAGAUUCAAUAAAUUUUGAGGAGUCACCGUUGCUAGAUUUCACGCAGAAGGAUGAAAGUCGGACGCACUCGUCCUCGAUACCGACGAACUCUAACGCGUUCGCGGACUUUCAGAGUACUAAGACUAUCGGGACAACUGUAGCACUUGGCGAUGAGAUUUUCGGUACACGGCAAGGCAUCACUUCAACGGAACCUUACCCUUCUACGGAUUAUAUCGAGAUAAUUGAUACCGUGGCAAAAGAAUCUAAAAUCAAUAAUAGCAUAACUCAAGGUACAAACGGAAAAUUUCGAAAUCUAUUAAAUGAUGAUGUAGCGGAAGAAACAUUGAGUGAUAACAUUGGUGUUAAUUUGGAUGAAACAUCUGGGCAGCAAGGUGCGACUAGGAAUAGACAGAUACAACUUAUCAUUCCCUAUACGUCGCAAUACACACCACUUCCAUUCCAUCCACCGCAUGAAAGAAACACUGAUACCAGUGAAUCCAAUCAUGACAAUUAUGUCGGCGAAGAAUCAAGAAACAGAAUUGAAGUGAUUAGUCCCCCGAAUUCGUCACACAUUUUUCAAUCUUUAGAUUCUGUACCGAAGGUAUUUGACAAUGCUAAAAAAUCAGUUGAUGCUAAAACGAACAAUUCCAUAGAUGUACAUAAACUGCAAAAGAAUAUUGACAAUUGGACGAUACAGGAAUAUUCAAAGGCCGUUAGAACAAUAUCGCCUAAUUCGUCGCAAACCGUUAGUACAGUAUCGCCUAAAUCGAGCAAUCCGUAUCUUUUCCCUUCAAAAAAAAUCCCUACUGAGUAUUUCAUGACCACUAAGCCUGUUAAUUAUGUAGCUGAUUCUCAUAACGAUAAUAGUAAUAUUCUUACUUUGAGUGGAUUCAGCUUCAGUGAUGAAGACAAUAAAGGAUCGGGCAGCAAUCCUGUGGAAGAAUUGCGAGUUAUACAAACUGAAAAGUCAACUGGAAGUUCUAUUGAUGCUUCCACCGCAUCCGAGGAUUUGUGGCAAGGCUUUCCCGUAGGAAUUUCUUCAGUGAACAGAGAACGUGUUUAUAUAGUAACGCCUCAGCCAACUGUAACUACUUCUAGAUUAAAUCUUGAAUACAGACAAGAGAAGGCAUUAAAGGAAGCAGAAAGAAACAGGAAGGAAUUGAAGAAAACUUUGCAAACAGAUAUAAAGAUAACGCAAAAGACCGAUACAUUCGAGUCGAUCGAAAAAGCCUAUCAAGUGCUGCCUCAGGCUGUGAACAAUUUGGCUGUGGCUUCCACAGGUCCAGACAGCGUUCCUUUGUGGGGCAUCAUGGAACACGAGGAGUUUGCGUCGCCUGUCUAUAGUGAAUACGAUAACAAUGAUACUGAACCUCCUACGCCGUAUUCUAGACUUUCGAAGGAGUCGCGUGCCAGACGAUGAUGUAUCAAGUGUAGAAAAUGCUCAAGACGAUUAUUUGUGCAUGUGCAGACUAUUUUGAUAGUGUGUUUCCGUGAACGAUGUGACCGAUUGUAAAUAGUUACGUUAAAAUAGUAGUCCUUGACCUCAUUCUCUCUCAGACAAACUUUUUAAUUUAAUGAUAUUUAAUACAAACGGGUGAAUGUUUUAAUUCUACGUACAUACGUAAGUGAUUAUUGUGGCCAGUGCACCGGAUAAAUAUAUUUUAUAGUCCGGACGUAUGUAUUU